AAAGAGAGAGAGAGAGAAAGAACAAGAGGGAGAGAGAGCGACGAGGCCGGCGACUCUAGCAUAGCAGGGGGGUAGCAACAUGGCCGUCGGUCAGUCGGUAUCGAACCGCCGCAUCACGCGAAGCUCUUACGACUCUUGUCGUAGGACCGGCCGCCACUUCGAAACGAGAUUCGGAAUCUCGUGAACGCGAAGGACGAGCUUUUUUUUGCUUACCGAUGGCACCAGCUCUCCGGCCUUACGCACCCGUCGAGGUCGGCAGCGCCAACGCGAUUCUCUCGCUUGUACGACGGUUCCACCGGUCUGGAGCGUGCCGUGCCCGGUAAUUCGGGACAGAGGAUCGAAUCUGGUUUCAAAUCACUUGCACGUGAUAAAAUUUGAAGGAUAAGAUCGUUCGGUUUCGUUCGUUGGUAAAUACAUUUUCUGAUAAAAAUGGAUUCCGGAGUUGGACAAGGGAAGAAACAGAUUCGCGUGGGAUUUUAUGAUAUCGAAGGCACCAUCGGUAAAGGGAACUUUGCAGUGGUAAAAUUAGCUAGACAUCGCAUUACUAAGACAGAGGUGGCUAUUAAAAUAAUUGAUAAAACACAAUUGGAUCCCACUAAUCUUGAAAAAGUUUACAGAGAGGUAGAAAUAAUGAAGCAAUUGGAACAUCCACACAUCGUCAAGUUGUAUCAAGUAAUGGAAACAAAGAAUAUGAUAUACAUGGUGUGCGAAUAUGCAAGCAAGGGUGAGAUCUUUGAUUAUAUUGCAAGAUAUGGCAGAAUGGGAGAACCAAGAGCUAGGGCAACGUUUGCUCAAAUACUUUCUGCGGUUGAAUACUGCCAUGCGACGGGUGUAACGCAUCGUGAUCUCAAAGCUGAAAAUUUACUCUUAGACGCGCAGAUGAACGUGAAAAUUGCUGAUUUUGGCUUUAGUAAUAGAUUUUCACCUGGGGAGAGAUUAAGCACAUGGUGUGGAAGCCCUCCUUACGCGGCACCAGAGGUUUUUAAAGGGAAACACUAUGCUGGUCCUGAAAUUGAUGUGUGGAGUUUAGGUGUUGUAUUAUAUGUGUUAGUAUGUGGAGCACUGCCCUUUGAUGGAUCUACCCUUCAAUCUUUAAGAGAUCGUGUUUUGAGUGGGAGAUUUAGAAUCCCGUAUUUUAUGAGUACAGAUUGUGAAAGCUUAAUACGUAAAAUGCUAGUUCUGGAACCUACAAAGCGAUAUACCAUUCCACAAAUAAAGAGACAUCGAUGGAUGGCUGGAUCAGCAGACACUAUUUGUUCAAUGAUUAUAACCAGAUCAUCGUCUUCGUCCAUUCAAGAACCAAAUGAACAAAUACUUCGACUUAUGCAUAGCUUAGGCAUAGACAUCACUAGAACCAGAGAGUCACUAAGGAAUAGUAGUUACGAUCAUCAUGCUGCUAUUUAUUUCUUAUUGUUGGAAAGGUUAAAGCAACAUCGUGUUAGCAGCAGCAGCACAGCAAACAAUACUUGUUGGCCAAGUGUUGCAAGAACAAAAGAUGACAAAUUCAAAUCGAGAACAAGAGAAGACGCGACUCGAGGAGGGAAAAGAUUUAGUUCAACUAGUUCUUCAACUGACGAAGGAUGCUGUAGCGCGGAAGGUGAUUUGGAGGAAGGUCCAAGCGGUGAUGAAUUGAGAGAAGCUCAAAUUAAACUCGAGGAACAUAGACUAGGCCUAGAUCAUGAUAUCAGUCAACGAAUUGACAGUCAAAUAGUCAAUCGAAGAUUAAGUGAUUACCAACAGCAUUUUGAUACCCCACUUAUGGAUUCUAUUGAUCCUCCUAGUCGAACGACACUGUUUAUUGCGGGUGGUAGUUCAUCGUCCGAGCUUUUUGAAUCUAGUUUUGAUUCUGGUUGUCCACCAGACUACUCAGGGGCAAAUUCAUUUACAAGUAGCCUGCCUUCUUGCACGCCUCCGCCACCUAUGAGCCCAUCGCCAAUUACCGGUAGAAUAUCGAGAGUUUCACAAGGUCGUAGAGCUUCAGAUGGCGGACCUAGAUUAUUAUUCUGUCAACAAGGCGGAGGAGACAGACCGACCAAGCAGCGAAGUAUUCAAGAUUCUGGCAAAGCUAGAGGCCAUUUAGAUCUUGUUCAUUUGAGACCACCAUCUACACCACCAGAAAAUCAAACACAGUUCAAAAUACGUGGCGACUCCAGUACACAGCUACAGCUGUUAGUGCAGCAGCGUAUGUUGCAACAGAAACGAAACUUAUACCACAGACAUAGAGGUGGAGGAAGUCCAACUCCGAUACCGGUAUCAACGAGUACCACGGGUAGACGUGCUGAUCAUGUACCGAGACAGGACAGUUAUAAAUUAGCUCAAAGAACACAGAUCUUACCACCUUUAUCUCAGGGACGUGUUGAUAGAGACUUUGAUAGAGAAAGAAAACGAGAUGAAGAAAGAUGGAAAAGUCUACCAUCUCGACUUGCAGCAGAUUGUCAGUUAGCAGAAAGGACACUGCUGUGGAGCCAACAGGUGGGCCUCAGUGGAGGAGCAUCAUAUUUACCACCUGGCAGUGUAGGUGGCUUCUUGUGGCCCACUGGAAGCAACCCUCAUUCAACCAUCUUCGAAAACGUUGGAGAUACAAUGGAAUGA